CUGAAAUGUAGUUUGGUGAGGCAUUCCCAAACUUUUCCAUGCUAAGGACCCUCAAAUAGCUAGAACAGAAAGCUUUCGGUGUGUCAAUGAAAAUAAGUGAAGGUAGAGUGUUUUUGGUCUGUGACCUGGGAGAUGAUGAAAAUUAAUGGCACUUAAUUUUAUUGUAGGCUACUUUAAAGGAUAACCUGCAUGCACCUUUCUAAGAAUGCAGAACAAAAAAUUAUUUUGGUUUGAUGAAAAUGAGAAGUUGGACUGAUUAUGGGCUAGUUUUAUUUCCGAAGCUUGCAAAAUUAGGCAAACUGGACUGAAUAAUACAUGCAUACAAUAUGAGUCAAGUAUGAAAACAUACAGAAUAUACUAUUCAUGUUUUCCUCUAAUUUGUUUAUUUGGUCUCACAUCCAUGUACAUGGAAAUUGAUAGUCUGCCUUGUAAAGCCUUGUUUGUGCAUCUAUUGAUGCAAGACACUACAUUGAUAUCAGAAUACAGACACUAAUCUGAGUAGAUUUUUGUUGUUGGACAUAAUUUAGUCCCAGUAAAUGUCAAUAUAUUUUAGGACUAUUUAGUUGGACAUAUUUUCAAGUAUAACUAUAUGAUGGUCAAUUUGAGAAUUUAUCAACAGUCAUGUAAAAGUCAUUUAAAAAUCUGCAGGGAAGUCUAGUUGCAGCCAUGCCAGCAAUACAAGGAGCAGAAAUGUAUCUUUGUAAAUCAAUGAUAACAAAAAAAUAUAACAUCAUCUCUGUUUGACAUUAUAAUCAGGUGUGAGGUCUCCUGUAGGUUUAAUCUUGGGGUUAAGGCAAAGAUUAGCUUAAUAAACCAAUGUUUAGGUUGCGGUUUUGCUAGCUUAUCCAAAAAGUGACGAGACCACCGAGUGUGAGCCAACGAGAAUGCAAAUCAGGCACACAACACUCUGUGUGACGCAGGACGUAAGGCAACGCCUCCGGGUGAAAUAUGAGAAAGUUUUGAGGAAGUCCCAGCUAACUUUGGUUAGCUAACUUUUAGCUAGCUUGCAACUUUGCUACAACACUAGCUUUGUUGAGCAGGCACAGAUAAAUCUUUAUCACUGCCUAUUAAGUCUUCAUUGCUUUAUUUAUUUAGUCUUUAUUUUUAUUUAUUUAUUUAUUUUUUGCAUGUGUUGUAAUUUGAGGCUCUCUGUUCUUUGUUUUGAUAGCCAGUGCAUGUGAGUCCUUCCGUGUCCAACAUGGUGGCCGCGUCACAAACUUUCUAAGAUUACAGCUAAACACUAAUAUAUGUUUCUGAAAACAUUUGAGGCGAGAAGUAGGCAAUGCAGUCGCAUAAUCUUGAUCCAUAUUUGAUCAGCACUGCCUUGUUUGACUGUUUGAUCUAAGUUUCGUGAGCUUUUCCAACCUAAUUGAGUAAACAACGCACACAUUUGUUUUGGCCUGACAUGCUGGUGCUGAAUGAGGCUGAAUGUCAUAUAUUGCACCUUUAAACACAGUAUCCCGUUUGUUUCUUAUCCGUGUUGUAAGAGUGAUAUCAGUGUUCUCAAUAUUGAUGGCUAGCAUUCUCAGUAAACUUGCUCGCCAUAUGCUAACUGAUGCACUGAUGCAAACAGGAUACACAACAGGGACUUUUAGUUCCAGGUUUAGUUCCUGAGAUUAGUUUCUCUGGUUCCAAAGUACCUGGAACUUUUGGUCGAAAAGGGGCUAAAGUGUCUCCUGUGGUUGUUGAACUCAACUGAGUUUAUCAUUUUUAACCUCACAGUUAUUGGUGUGGUCAAUGAUUCACUUGUGCUAUAGCAAUAUUUUCUACAGCAGCAGGAUAACGCUCACUUUGUUGCUCCACAUGGGCGCUCAUGGACGAAAAUAUGUACAUACAAAACAGACAGGGCUGCUCCAUAUGUGUGGUGGAGAGCUCCAGAGGGAAGAAGAGGAGGGAGAGACUUAAGAUUACAAGGAGAAUAGAAAGAACAGAAAGACUCAUUGAGACAAAAAAAAGAGUGAGACCACAGAGAGAAGGCAUGACAUAGGUCAACCAACGGUGGAGGAGGUUUUGAUUAAUGACAUUCAAACUGUAGAGGUGUCUCACUGCAGAUCCAGCCUCCCCUGUGAAUCCUCCUCCUCCUCCUCCUCCUCCUCCUCCUGCUCUCCAUCUGUUAUGAUACAGCUCAAUACAACCACUCACACUAUUCUCCCUCUGUAUGGGAACUGCAGCAGCCUCGGAGCCCCUCAGGAUACAGCUCAACACCCUGAACCUGGGUUUAGUUUAGCGCUGCACCUGGGUGGCAACAGAUUCCAACAUUUACCUGACUGGAUCAAGCGGACAUUUUUUUGAAAAGGAGCUGCUGUGAGGAAUUUUACGUGAAGACUGAGGUGCUUUCGGCAGAUUUCUCACCUGGACGCUGAGGAAGCAGGCAGGAUGGACUUCACUUACUUUUGGUUCCUCACCACAACUCUGAUGUUGAUCCACCAGCAUCAAGCCUCUACCUUUUCUGUUAUGGGUCCCACGGCAGAGGAGGGCCCCACAGCGCAGCUCACCCACAUGGCCCACCGGCGGGAGAAACGCUGCUCUUGCGAGAACCAGAAAGACAAGGAGUGUAUUUUCUUCUGCCACAUUGGCAUCGUCUGGGUCAACACCCCGAGCCACGUGGUUCCUUAUGGAUUUGGUUCAGUGCGACUCAGGAGGGAGCUCAACCGCUGCCUCUGCACAAACAGACAGGAUGCUGAGUGUAUGAAUUUCUGUUCCAUCCGGACACAAACAGAAGGCGAAAACAUUCUGGUGAAGAGGAAGACUGACAAGAAGAGAUUCAAAGCUGCAUUCUGGGAAAAGCGGAGCCGACAUGCACUCAAACAUCAGACCUGAAUUUCCUUUAUACAUCAGAAAAAACAAAAAAGGACCUUUUUGCUAGUCUGGCUGCCCUGAUGGCAGUUUGGAAAUAUAGUGUGUGUGUGUUUAUGUGAAUUGAAGUGAUGGUUAAGUAUUUGGAUAAGGAGUGCUGACCGCUGACGAGCUCACCUUUUUAAAUUUGGCUGGUGUCUUGAUCCAAAGCAGGAUAAGCAGGAGUUCACUGUCCUGCUCAGAGACACUUUAAAUUUAUAUGGGAGGGGAAGAGUUGAAGCUGUGACCUUUCUGUUACCGGAUGAUCUCAGCUGCUUUGUAGCUCUGAGGGACGGGAAAACAUUUAAAUUGAGGCUGCUCACAGAACUUAUACAGCCUUGGGGAGGAAGGCACAGAAAUUUACAAUUUUUUUUUUUUUUAAAUUCAACAUUUUUCCUGUGAAGUGUCAGUACAGUCUGCUUUUAAUCCAAACUCAAAACACAGCUCCGGCUGAAAAAACCUCACAUCUCCAAAAUGACAACAUGUUUUCAGGCAGUGACAGUCUUGUUUUUAGCAGGACCACCAUACUUUUGAGUUUGUCCAAGUUAGUUUUAAAGGUUUUUUUAACUGUAAAAAACAUACAAUACUGACCAAACAGAGAAGCAUUUGCAGAGUCUUGAAACUUACAGAGGUGAUCACAGCAACCAAUUAUUGACAAUAACAAUGUUGUAUUUGCUUGGUAACAGACAGUUUUAAAUCUCUGUGAUAAAGAGUUCUGGCAUAUAAGCUCUAAGUGAUGGUUUAUAAGGACUGCUUUAUGUCUUCUCCAAUAGAGUAUUAUGACCACUGACCACUGAGAGUUCAAUAAUAAAGCAAUUUUGAAUGCAAGGUCAUACAUUUAUGAGAAAAUGUCAUAAUAUUAUGGGAUACAGAUGUGCUAUUGUGAUAUAAAGACCUUAAUUUUACUAAGAAAUGUUGUAAAAUUACAAUAAGCAGCAAUAUAUCAAAAAUAAAGUCAUAUAAAUUGUAAGUCAUGAUAUUAUGAAAGUAAAGUCAUCAUGAGAAAAAGAAGCUAUAUUUCAAGAGCAAUGUUGUAUGUUAAGAUUAGAGCGGAUACAUAGAUUGGUUUACAUGGGCAUGUUUUAGUAUUUCCUAAAACUAUUACAGUUAUUGACUGUAAUAGUUUCAACUGUCGAUGUGUAUUACAAUACAAUUACUCUAUUCAGAAGAUAUGACCCUUUUUCUAAGACUUUCCUGUAAAAUUACAACUUUUUUCUAGACAAAUUACAACUUUUUCUCAUAAAAAUGCUAACUUAAAACAUUACGCCUUUUACUAUGUCUUAAAAUAUUGAUUUUCUGUGUAAAAUUGCAACUUUAUCUUAAAAUAUUGCUUUUUCUAUAAAAUUGCAACCUGAUCUUGACUUAUUACAGCUUUUUUGGGGGUUAGUUUUGUA